AUGCUUAAUCAAAUCUCAAGUCGCACAAUCAUUCCCAAACCCCAAAGGAUAUGGACUCCGACAGGCAUCAAUGUCUAUAAGAAGAUCUACGAAAAGCGUGAUGCUGAUGUGAAGACUCACAUUGAACAGGUUUCACUCAAAACCUACGGUCAACCCUCAAAGACUCAGCAAACCGAUGCGGUGUUGAAUCUAAUCAGAGGAAGGAAUACUUUUCUUCUGGCCGGAACCGGAUUUGGGAAAUCUCGAAUUGCUGAACUAUACUACAAGAUGAUUCCUCAGAACAAGCGAGCGGUCGUGCUAGUUUUAAACCCCUUGGACUCUUUGGGGGAUAAUCAAGUUUAUGAGAAGGUACAAGCCGGCUUCACGGCAAUAAAUCUAACGAAGAUGAAUUUCAACCAAGAAGUCGCAAACGAAAUUUCAAAUGGUGUGUAUCAGUUUGUAUACAUGAGUCCAGAGACGUUUCUCAACAACAAGAUAUGGGAGGCGGUCUAUUUCAGCAGGAAGUUCCAGAAUCGUUUGGCGUUAAUUGUUGUUGAUGAGGCUCACAUGAUCUACAUAUGGGGCCUCGUCGAAAGCGGUCAUGGAAAGAAGGCAGCUGCAAUCCUUCUUCGGUUCCAGGACAUCGGGAUUUUUCGACCCUGUUACGGAAAUCUGGGCGGCCACCUGCUCUUUCGAAACAACAAGCCAAUUCUUUUGUUAUCAGCCACCUGCCGGCCUGUGGCUAUCGAAGCGAUCAAGAAGAGUCUCAAGCUUAACGAUGAAGAUAUCGAUGUUAUACAAGCGGAGCUGACUCGGCCAGAAAUCCGUCUGAUUCGCAUCCCCAUGGAAAAGUCCCUCGCCUCUUCCCUUGAUUUGAUCAAGGUCUUCCCUUCGGCUCAUGACGUGGGGAAUGCCGACCUCGUCCCAACUCUAGUCUAUAGUGGGUCGCGCAACCGAACAUUAACUGUAAUGGAAGUAGUCGACCGGGCUCGAGAGACCCCCUUGUCUUGUAUGGACCCUCAUAACACGUGUGUUCGACGAUUCCAUUCAUGUACAGGUGAUUUAGACAAGGUUCGAUGUGUCGAUCAAUUUGCGAAUGGGACUUUCCCCAUCAUUUCGGCGACCAUGGCCCUUGGUUUGGGGCAGAAUUGGAAGCGUGUUCGGAUGGUGGCCCACAUGGGCCGAGGUGACCCAGCUCAAAUUGCACAGAUGCUAGGCAGGUGUGGUCGAGACGGAAGAAUGGGCUUGGGAUUGAUGUUUGUGGAAAAAACGAGGCGAUCGGGGAAGAACACUGUCAAUCAAUUCACCAGAGGAGCUGCCCAGUCGGAUGAAGAUCGCAUUGAUGCACUGGCAAUAACGCCGGUCUGUCUUAGGAUUGCUUUCUCCAUGGACAACCUUCUUGGUUAUGUACCUCUCUGGGAAGACGAUCCAGCUUACAUCAAGGAGAAGGAUCGUGAAGUCAAGGCAGGCUUUGCCCCAUGUCGAUGCUCUAACUGUGCGGUUUACGAGUCUGCCAAGCUGAUUAAGCACUUGGUAUUGGCUAAUCAAGACAAUUUUGAUGCAAUUCUGGACGACACGUUUGAUGUACCGAGUAUCCCAGACAUCAGCCAUAAAUUCCCACCAAAGCGGCAGUCGCCUCACAAGCGAAAGUUUCGCGAUGAGGAACUGGUUAUCUUAAAUGCGCUGAAAACAGAUCUCAUCAUGGAGAUGACCAAGAUGUACAAUCGAUUGAUCCCACCGGGCGGACCCUUGUCUUCGACUGAUCUGUUUGACACCGACGAGGCAGAAGCCAUUGCUUACAACUUGGACAAUAUCGCGACAAUCGACGAUAUCCGAUCACUCAUUGGGGGUCAGUGCUUUCCUGGUCAGCUCGAGAAAUUACUGGCAUUGGUGAUCGACUUCAAACAUGCUCAGGUCACUCAAAACUCCACUCAUCACUCUCCAAAAUCUGCCAAGACAACUGGACCUCAAUUUCCAGGUGGCAAUAUUCAAACUCUAGCCACAGCUGAUGGAAAUGCGGAGGCUUCUAUUUGCGUUCAACGAAAGACUAAAAAGGCUAUUGCAGCCGAGAAGCGACAGGAGAAGGCAAGAGAGAAAGCAAUAUCACUUGAAAGAGAUCGGAAGAGGAAGGAACAAGUGGCAAUGAUUAUGGCUCAGACAUGGGCGGAUCUCAAUGAUAAGCAGAAGACUGAUUCCACCGAUACAAGGUAG